CCCAGAGUGCGGUAGUGUUUGUGAGAGAAAUUCAAAGAAGGCGAAAUGGCGGGUGGUGGAGUAAAGGGGAGGAAGAGAGUGGAGGCGUCGUCCGAUGCCCAGGCUGCCUCUGCUUCUCUCCUUCGAGCCAAGGAUGGCAGCGCUUUUGCCCGAUGUGAAGAGUGCAAAAAGGAUGUGCCGGUGGUACUCAUCAGCAUGCACAGCUGCACCCUCGAUGCUAAGAUCAGAUUGAAUCUCGAAGCCCAGGUUGAGGAGAUGUCCUCCGAGCCCAAGAAGCCUGCAGAGAGGAAGAAAUCAAGUGCGACAGAGCCAAAAGCCAAGAAAGCAAAAACCGGGAAGAAGGGCAAGGAUCCCAACAAACGCAAGCGUCCUCCCACUGCCUUCUUUAUCUUCAUGGAUGACUUUAGAAAGGAGUAUAAGGAAGCGCAUCCCGGGAACAAGGAUGUCAAAACGGUCGCAAAGGAGGGUGGUGAGAAGUGGAAAUCCUUGAGUGAUGAAGAGAAGAAAGUGUACGUGGAUAAAGCUUCCGAGCUCAAGGCAGAGUAUGACAAGGCCUUGCAGACUGACAAUGCUGAAGAUGAAGACGGUGAUGGAGGUUCAGAGAAGGAAGUGGAUGUCAAGGAAGUGGAAGUGGAAGUGGAAGACAAGGAAGUGGAAGUGGAAGGCAAGGAAGCGGAAGUGGUGGAAGAGAAGGAAGUUGAAGAGGAAGUAGCAUCUGAUGGAGAGUAGAACAGAUUCCUUAUUUUCAUGUCUGAUAGUUAUUUUCUUGUCUCUUGUAAAUUUUGGAUCUGGUUUAGUUUAGUGGUUUCAGGCAUAGAUGUCAGAAAUUUUCUGAAGGGCAAUAUGGUUUCUUGGUUUUGGGGCAUCAUGUGUAUUUCUUCUUAGAAUGUUAAUUCCUAAACUUGUUAAGCAUUUGGCUCAAAUCAUUUCCAUGUUAUGACUUGGUAGUUCUGAUAGCUCGUUCUUAUUUGAUUUGUCAAUUGGCUA